GAACCUUCCGUUUGUGUUGGGGUUUUUGUUGUAGUGUCUGAGAUUUAGGGAACCGUUUAUUUUAUAACAAUAGUCAGUUGACCCUACCGACUUCAAUAAAGUAUAACUACAACACAGAAAUAAUACUGCGUUUUGUGCUGAAAUGUUAAGUAGCGGGUGACAGUUAAUAUAGUUAGCUAUUAAUAAAUUAUCGUAUUAUUAUUGAACCCUUUCAUUUUGUUGGGUAUUGUUUACAUGAUUUAAUUCAUAUAGCGAUCAGCAGUUUAUUAUUAUAUUCUUAUUGCUAUUUUGGGUGUCUGUUUGUUGUAUAGCUCCUUCAACACUACGGGUGCGUUCAGCCUGCUUUUUAUAACUGAAAACAUUUGAUUGGUCUAGUACAGAAGCACGUAGCUUCUCCCUAGUGUAAACUGAUUGGUAAACAACCAUCAGCCUACGUCUGAGAUCAUACUGGUUACGAAAACAAGAGUACGGUGUAGUUAUUAUUGUUAUUAUAUUACUUUGUGCCGGGUUUUGAAGUCUGCAGUGUGCUUUCUUGCGUCUCUGUUUGUAUAUGCAAGUUUGCAACCCUCAAAACAACGUCCAUAAACUCUCUGUUACCGUUCCUAAUAUUAUUGACAAAUAAAAAUACACAUGUGGGACAGCUUGUUCUACCUCCUCAGCUCAGAAACCGGGGAGCCUUACCAACUAGAAUGGAUGGCUUAUGUAAUGGUGUUAAUGGGGCUUUUAUCAUUUCUGUUUUUGCUUUUUAUUAAUGUACCUUAUGGUAGGUACGCUUCAAGUAAGUUUGGGUUCCCUGUCAGUGUCAAAUUAGCGUGGUUUCUGCAAGAGUUGCCUUCUCUGUUAGUUCCGCUUUAUGUGGUCGUCUUCACCGCUGCUGACAGAAACUCUUACCUGGCCAACCAAGUGCUCAUCGGGAUGUUUCUCUGUCAUUACAUACAAAGGACACUAGUUUACCCUUUCCUAAUUCGAGGAGGGAAACCAACACCAUUUGUAUCUUUUGCCAUUGCUUUUAUGUUUUGUGUAUAUAAUGGAUAUAUGCAGGGAAGAUACCUAAGCCACUUUGCUGUGUACCCUUCAGACUGGAUUAGACGUCCCUGCUUCAUUACAGGUUUUUCUCUAUGGCUGACUGGGAUAUUGAUAAACGUACACUCUGAUCAUAUACUUAGAAACCUACGAAAGCCUGGAGAGACAGGUUACAAGAUACCAAAGGGGGGAAUGUUUGAAUACAUAUCCGGUGCCAACUUUUUUGGUGAAAUAAUAGAGUGGACUGGAUUUGCAAUAGCUACUUGGUCACUGCAAGGUGCAGCCUUUGCUAUCUUUACAUUCCUGGUGCUGUCCUCUCGGGCCAUCCAGCAUCACAGAUGGUACAUUGAAAAAUUUGAAGACUACCCCAAAUCAAGAAAAGCUUUGAUACCAUUUUUGUAUUGACAGUAAUAAACAAAAUACUUUUUCAUUAAA